AUGAAGGAUGUUAUCGAGGACGUAUUCACAACCAUUACCGGUUUUAGGGGACACAAAUUUGCCUUUACCACUGAUAUAGAAAAGAUGUAUCGGCAAAUACUCAUCGAAUCAGAUCAAUGCGAUCUUCUGAGAAUUCUAUGGAAAACAAAUUUUGACAGCGAGCCCACCACGUAUAAGUUGAAAACUGUAACUUAUGGGAUGUCCUGCGCUCUCUUUCUUGCCAUAAGAACUCUUAAGCAAUUGACCAUAGAUGAGAAUUCCAGAUUUCCCUUAACAUCUGAAAUUCUACUGCAUGACACUUACAUGGAUGACAUAGUCAGUGGCUGUUCAACGCUAGAGGGUGCCAAGGAGUUACAGCGUCCACUUAUUGAAGUUAUGCAGUCAGCGGGACUGAAAUUACAUAAGUGA